AUGGGCGACUGGAGCUUUCUGGGGCGGCUGCUGGAGAACGCUCAGGAGCACUCGACGGUCAUCGGCAAAGUCUGGCUGACCGUCCUCUUCAUCUUCAGGAUCCUGGUGCUGGGGGCCGCGGCCGAGGAGGUGUGGGGCGACGAGCAGUCCGACUUCACCUGCAACACGCAGCAGCCCGGCUGCGAGAACGUCUGCUACGACGAGGCCUUCCCCAUCUCGCACAUCCGCUUCUGGGUGCUGCAGAUCAUCUUCGUGUCCACGCCGACCCUCAUCUACCUGGGCCAUGUGCUGCACAUCGUCCGCAUGGAGGAGAAGCGGAAAGAGAAGGAGGACGAGUCGCACAAAGCACAGCGGUUUCAGGAGGAGAAAGAACUCCUUUAUAGAAACGGAGGAGGGGGAGGGGGAGGGGGAGGUGGCGGCAAGAAGGAGAAGCGGCCGAUCAGGGACGAGCACGGAAAAAUCCGUAUCAGAGGCGCGUUGCUGCGUACUUAUGUGUUCAACAUUAUUUUCAAGACCCUGUUUGAAGUGGGAUUCAUUUUGGGCCAGUAUUUCCUCUAUGGCUUCCAGCUGAGGCCCCUGUACAAGUGUGCGCGUUGGCCCUGCCCCAACACCGUGGACUGCUUCAUAUCCAGGCCCACGGAAAAGACUAUUUUUAUUAUAUUUAUGCUUGUGGUGGCUUGCGUGUCUCUUUUGCUGAAUUUGUUAGAGAUCUAUCACCUUGGAUGGAAGAAAGUUAAACAGGGCAUGAGGAAAGAGUCGCCCCCCGACCGAAAGUCGCUGCGCAGCGUCAACAUCGCCGAGCCCAAGUGUUUGCCCUCGGCCUCCAGAACUGCCCCCUCCAGCCUAAGCUACCCCCCCAACUACACGGAUGUGACGGGGGGCAGCGGUGCCUUCUUGGGUCCGGCGGCCGUGCCCUCAGCGGAGGAGUUCAAGAUGGAGGAGCUCCAGCAGGAGGAGCCCUCCCCCUCCUCCCUCUACUACAUCAGCAACAACAACAACCACACGCUGGCCGCGCAGCAGAACUGGGCCAACCUGGCCACCGAGCAGCAGACUCUGGAGAUGAAGGCCACGUCCCCCUCCCCAUCCUCCUCUUCCUCUUCCUCCAUUGACAAGGAGCAGCAGCAGAGUGUGGACGCAGCUCUGCUUCCUCCAGCCAGCAACACCACCAGUAAAUCCAACAUCCACAACCCCACCGCCGCCUCCUCCUCCAGCAUUAGCCAGGGCACGGUGUCCAACGCUGGCAGCUGGAGCGGGGGGGGAAGGAGCGAUCAGGAGGAGGGGUCCGUCACCACCACCACUGUGGAGAUGCACGAGCCCCCAGUGAUGGUCACAGACCCCCGGCGGCUCAGUCGGGCCAGCAAGAGCAGCAGCAUCCGGGCCCGGCCGAGUGACCUGGCCAUCUAAACCUCCUCCUCCCUUUCAUGUCCCUGAAACCCUCCUUUUCCUCCAAACCCCCAAAAUACAGUGAUUCUCAGAGAUAAAAAUCCCACACCUGCAAAAAAAAAACGGAAAACCAAAAGAAGGCGAGGUGACAGAAGACAGGGAAGCAGAAAAAAGGUUUAAUGUGAAAUGACUUGACCAGCAGCAGCAGUCGUUGAUUUAGUGCAAUCGGUGAGUUGCAGAGUAGGUUUUUUUUUUUUGGAUUGUCUUAAUUUAUGCACAUCAAAUGUGACCAUGCAGUGCUUAUGAAGUCAGAAGGCUCAGCUCACAGGGAUUGGUGGAGCGAAAGACAUUGUGAUGUCAUAGUUUUGCAUCAAAAUGGACACAUCUCACCAACGUGUUUGGUUUGGAGGGGGGGAGAUCUCAUGGAGUUUCUCUAUUUCCUUUUUUCCUUUCUUUUUUGUUGAGCCCAAAGGACUACAAAUGAAAAUGAUCAUUUGUCAAAAACAAUGACUGGAUAAUUUUAUUUUAUCUGGAGGAGGCACAGGUCGCUGGCAUUGUUGUACAGAUAAGUUAUUCCAUGUGUCGCCAGACAAUUUGCUUAUAAAGCUUGUUCUUCAUUUCCCUCUGGUUUCACAGUUUAAUCUGCAGCAGACUGCCCGGUCCAGCGUUUGGCUCUGACCUAGAAGGUCUUUUGCCCACGCACCAAGAAAUAUCAUCAGCAAACAUUACAUGUGUUGUGUCCCCUGUGCAUGCCAGCAUAUGUAGCCCUACAACUCACCGAUUCACCGAGAGAUCCUCAUGGCAACGCUGGCUAGCUUGGUUUACCCAUGAUCCACUGCAGAGACAAUACAUAUUUAAUUGAGAUUAAAUGGAUAGCAAUGGACUGAUGUGGUAUUCCCAGAGUCCUCAGCAUACUGUGGACGGGAUAUGGGUCAAACCUGCUGGUAAAGUAAUCCCUUUGAUUCCCAGAAUGCACCUGGGUAACUACAAGCACUACAUUCUCAAUAACAGACAUCGAAACGUUUCCACAUUGCUGUUAGUUUACAAAAGCCUUCCUCUGUCAGCGUUGCCUUCAGGCAUCUCUCUACUAACUGCACAAAGAGAUAUUGCCUUCAAACUAUCUUUAAGAUAUUAUACAACUUCAUGGCAGCCAUUAUCUAAUAUAAAGAAAAACAAUAUUGUCCUUAUUCUUUCAGACAAAAGACUUCAAACUAACAUUUUAACAUUCCCCCCUUUUAAUCAUCACACCAAAAUAUUAAGAGCAAGUUUGGGGGUUUCACCGUCACUCAUUUCAUCAUUGGUUUUACUCUGAAAAGUGCUAUUUUUAUUUAUUUAAUAUUACUCGGAAAUUGCAUACUUGUUGUAGUCAGAAAUACAAACGCAGUCGACCAUAACAGCUUCUAUUUUGUUGUGUUCAUCUUAAUUCAGAGAUCUUUAGAAACCCACAGUUUGAGCAGCAGUCGUGUCUCUGUCACUGUGCGGUCACUCCCAAACACCAGAC